UCUACCAAGAGAAAUUACAGAGUUAUAAGAUGAAUACAUCGGGAGUUCAGAUUUUAUUAUUUUUCGCCUUUCUUACUAUUGCUUCAUUGUGUGUGGAAGCAUACGACCCUGCCCCAUUGCAAGAUUUCUGCAUUGCAGUCGAUGACACUGAAGCGGCAGUAUUUGUGAAUGGAAAGAUAUGCAAGGACCCGAAAAGCGUGACAGCAGACGACUUCUACUAUGCGGGAGGGCUGAACGAGUCGAGACAAGUGACAAAUCCACUGGGGUCGAAAAUAACAUUAGUUUACGAUGAGAUUCUAUCAGGUCUCAACACACAGGGAGUCGCAAUUGCCCGUCUUGACUUUGAUCUCGAAGGCCUCAAUCCGCCCCACCUACAUCCACGUGGAGCUGAAAUAUUCCUUGUGUUGGAAGGCACUCUUUACGCGGGUCUCAUCAACUCAAACCCGGUUGAUCCCAACGGAAAGAACCCGUUCUUCGCCAAGAUCUUGAAUGCGGGUGACAUCUUCGUGUUCCCUCGGGGUAUGAUUCAUUUCCAGUACAACAUUGGGAAAACCAAAGCAGUUGCGAUUGCUGCUUUCAAUAGCCAAAAUCCAGGAGUCAUGACUAUUGCUAAAUCCAUCUUCGGAUCUGAGCCAUCCGUUCCUCCUCAUAUUCUUGCUAAAGCAUUCCAACUUGGUGAUGAUGAUGAUAAACUUGUUGAGCAUCUACAAUCACUCACCUGGACUGGAAAUGUCAAUUAGUUAUCUAUUAUUUUCUAUGCAUCAAUAAAUAAAUGUGAGCUUCACAUGUGUGCUCAAAUCUAAUAAGAAUUGUUGUAUUGAUUUAGUUGUGGUAUUAAUGUACUUGUGUUGCAUUA